UUGCUGAAAGAUUUUGUUUUAUUUCAUAUCACAAUCCUUCCAAAUUUUUAGGUCUAAUUUAGAAAUAUCAUUUGGUUUUGGUAAUGAAAUAAUACACUAUGGAACGUGCUUUAAACGCAGAAGAACGAAAAACCUGUUGGAAUGCACGAGAUGUAUAUUUUAAGUGUUUAGAAAAAAAUAAUGAAGAUAAAGAACAAUGCAAAAUAGAUUUUAAAAAGUUUGAAGAAACUUGCCCAAAGGCUUGGGUGAAAUAUUUUGGUAGUAAACGAACAAAAGACCUGAUAAAGAAAAAACUUGAAACAGAAGGAGCUGUGUAUAGUGACAAAAAAAGAUAGCGUUGUAUUCUGAAAUAUAUUUUUUAAUUUCGAAUUCAUGUUACA